CACAACGGUAAUUUCUAUGUCAAUCUGUGCUUCGCGUUCGUUAUGGUCGUGAAAAACUUUAAAAGUUCAUAAUAAUUGAAUUUUUCAAAUUUUGUGGAUAUUUUUUCAAGACAUACAACGUUAAGAUGUUGGUCCCGUAAGAUGGAGGACUACGAACAUUUCCUAGAGUUGAACUACUCCCACUUCAACAGCUCCUGGAAUCACUCGGCGAUCCUACAGUGGUUGCGACGCCACUACGAGCACGACUUGGUGCCUGACGAGUGCUUCCCUCUACUGGACCUUCUAGAUCUCUUCCACCUCUACUACAUACCUUCAAUCAUCCUGAUAGGCCUGGUGGGCAACCUGCUGUCGUGUGUGGUGUUUCUCAACACUCAUCUGAAGAUGCGGAGUUCCAGCUACUACUUGGCAGCUUUAGCCACAGCUGACUUCGGUUUCUUGGCGACCCUGGCGAUGGUGUGGCUAAACAACAACUUGGGAGUCCAGGUAUUCAACAAAGAUGGUUGGUGCCAAGGCCUUGUGUAUCUCAGCAGCGUUUGCAGUUUCCUCAGCGUCUGGCUAAUAGUGGCGUUCACAGUCGAAAGGUUCAUCGCAGUGCAGUAUCCCCUACAUCGACCUCACAUGUGUACCGUCGCGCGGGCCAAGACUGUUGUAUUCUCUCUGACUCUGGUAGCACUACUGACUCAUUCGUACAGUUUUGUGACCGCCGGGAUCAACGGCCAAGGAGUGUGUGAUCUGAGGGAAGGUUACCACGAGACUAUGAGAGUGAUCAACAUCAUCGACUCCUUCCUUACCUUGAUCGUCCCGCUGGCUCUGAUCAUCGUCAUGAACACCAUGAUCACCCGCAAUCUCAUCAGGUUCAGCAGGAGGUUCAAGCAGCAAGGAGCUUCAGCGGACUUCAACGAGCGAUCAGACUUCAUUCUGCAUCCUCUGCACUCGAGCAGUUCGAACAACAGGAAGGCAGCGUCUCAAGAGUCUUACCACUCAUCUAGAGGGCAAGGAUCUACGGCUAGUCAGGGCAGUCAGCCGCCCAGCCGCCCUGGACGUGCCACCCACCUGGACCUGGGGACCGGGCCGCCUCCCACACCUACAACCACCUUCGUACACUCAGCAGCCAACAAAUGUAUCCUGUCAGUAGCAUGUAGGCUAGUCAGGCCAGUCAGCCGCCCUGGACGUGCCACCCACCUGGACCUGGGGACCGGGCCGCCUCCCACACCUACAACCACCUUCGUACACUCAGCAGCCAACAAAUGUAUCCACAUCAGGUCAUCGAGUAGAAACUUGGCGUCGACGAGGACCCAGCAAAGUAUCACCAAAAUGCUACUUCUGAUAUCUUCAGUGUUCGUGUUGCUCAACCUUCCCAGCUACGUGAUCCGGCUGUACGUGUUCAUCUGCUUCUCUCUGUGGCGGCAGACGACACCAGACACACUGUGGUGCAUGCAGCAGUUCUUCAUGCUCCUCUACUACACCAACUUCAGCAUCAACUUCCUCCUGUACUCCAUGUGCGGCAUAACGUUCCGACGAUGCCUGUGGCAACUGAUAAGGAACAAGUUAAAGGCCUUGACCCGUUAUCAUUGCGACGUCAUGGUGAACAGGUGAGAUCGGCGGGUUUAUCAAGACUCGCUUUAGAGCGGCCGUGAAAACAACGAAGCCCGCUUUGGCUAUCAGCAAUUGGUUCUCGUGGGAAGAACUUCAUUAGAGAUCGUUUAAUAUUGAUGAAGCGACAUUUUACAGAGCACUUGUUUGAAUACAAUGCUGAUUUUUGAAAAUAUUGAAGAAUGUUUGAAAAAAACUCUUCUGAGUAGGAACUUGACUCAAAGUUGUUGUUUGAAGCGGUGUCUUCAAAGUGAACACAGCAUAUUAAGUGCCAUAUAAAUCCUAGCGAUGUUCUUUGCUUGUAACUUUAAGCUGGGUUUCCUAGGU